GAGAAAAUCAUUGUCUAGUGGGGGGACACGGUAAGAGUUCAGACACCUUACCUAAAGAACUUCUGUCCUUAUUUUAUUGCCAACACCACCACAUUCAAGGGUUUUCGAUUUUCCCAUGAUGGUUGGAGAAGACAAGGAGACGAGCAUGAAGUUGCCGACAAAGAGAAGCAGCAGGUGCUGCCUCUCAGAUGCAGCUUCUGACUGAGUCAUGCAGCGGUACGUACAGUUGGAUCAGAUGGGUGCAUAUCCAUUUGCUGGUUACGCUGGUAUUCUCAGCACAAGCAGUCCUAAGUGGCAAGAUCGUUAAGUUUUUACCUGGAUAUGAUGGUGAACUUCCUUUCAAGCUCGAGACAGGACACAUUGGCGUUGACGAUUCAGAGCUGUUCUACUAUUUCGUUGAAUCAGAAGGGAACCCUCAAGAGGACCCUCUCUUUCUUUGGCUAACGGGUGGUCCUGGCUGUACUUCUUUCUGUGGACUCAUUUAUGAAGCAGUGGAUGAUUGAACACCCACAAUUUCUCUCUGUCCAACUAUUUAUCGCCGGUGAUUCUUAUGCUGGCAUUCCGAUUCCAUUGAUCACUAAGAAGAUAAUAGACGGGUAUUUGAUUGGGAGCCCGGUGACUGAUUCAAGUAUUGAUAGGAACUCAAAAGUUGAAUUUGCUCAUGGGAUGGCACUAAUAUCGGAUGAGAUCUAUGAGAAUGCAAGAAGAAGUUGCAAAGAGAACUAUGUUAAUGUAGAUCCAGAAAAUGCUGCAUGUUCAGCAGCCCUUGGUGAUAUCCAGAUGAGAUCUCGAUGGCUUGUAUUACUAACAAACGUGCAUCAUAAGUGGUUAAUUUUGUAAGAGCUCAUUUACUUUCUUACUUUUCCAUGCUUCAUUUUCUUUGUUUGGCCUCCAGUUUAUUGCUUAAGAUGAGAGGGGUUUGAAUAUCAGGAUGUGA